CUACGAUGCUAUGUAUUAUUAGCAAGCCAAGCGCUGGAGAAACAUGGAUCCUCCGCCCAUAGAUCACGAUGCAAAUCCAACGCCUCAGUCGGCGAAAAAAAGAAAGCCGAGACCAAGGCUGUCUUGUGUCGUCUGUCGUCAGAAAAAACUGAAAUGUGACCGGUUAUAUCCCUGUGACAACUGUAUCAAGCACAAUAGAACGUAUUUGUGCCACUACGCGGGCCCCACAGUAAUGAGCAGGAAGCAAUCGCAAGGCAUCCAGGAUCAUCUUCGUAAACUAGAGGUCCGCCUUGAGCAGCUCUCUGCUGUCGAUGAGCCGUCUCAAGUACCAGGUUUCACGCACCACGCUUCUCAGAAUAACCCAGCGGGUGUCUUGCAGCCUCAGCCAGGUCCGCACAUAGAAAAAGGUCAAUCCGAGUUAGAAAAGGACUACCCCGGAACGAUCCUAAUAGAGCAGAAUGGAACGCGAUAUAUGGAUCCAACCCAUUGGCGCGCAGUGCUGGAUCAAAUCGCGGAGGUGAAAGAAUACCUCGAAUUGACCGAGGACACAUCACCGGAAGAGGAAUUCGAGGAGGAUUCUCCAAGCCUGCCGAUUUCUGGGCCAGUUCUUCUAUUCGGUAACACAGCCUCUACUACGAAGGCUAACCUACUCGCCGCGGUGCCCGACCGGUCGGCAGCAGACCGCUUGGUUUCCUUGUAUCUGAACUCGAAAGAAUCUACCCUCGUUAUUAUGCACAUUCCGACAUUCACAAAAGAAUACAGCGAAUUUUGGAAGAAUCCUGAAGACGUCACCAUUAACUGGCUGGCUUUUCUGUUUAGCAUUCUAUGUGCUGGUACAGGACUACAGCUUUUCUCCACAUUUGGUCGUGUCGACGGUGAGCUCGUAGAAACAUUCGACGAGUACCACAGGCUAGCGUCGCAGUGUCUCUGCAUGUCGGAUUACACCAAGCCUGGCCUAUACAAGAUGGAGACGCUUAUUUUAAGCGUAGCCAUGGAGAUUCUAAGAAGCACAGACACUCAUGUUGGCCCCUCAAUUCUCCUGGGCCUAGCUUCUCGAUUAGCAAUGCAUGGUGGGUAUCACAGAGACCCAAAACACUAUCGAGAAAUCUCGAUAUUUGACGGAGAAAUGCGCCGUCGCGUCUGGAUGUGCCUCUCCCUGCUCGACCAUUACAUCUCUCUUCAAGGCGGUCUCCCUCCAACCACGAUCCAGGCCCAAUCCGACACCGAAGAGCCCCGUAAUCUCACAGAUGAAGACCUAAAUCCAUUGGCAACCACCCUCCCACUCGCCAGGCCCCCGACAGAGAAUACACCCAUACUAUUCCCAACUAUGUUAAACCGGAUCAUGUUUACCGAUGCAGAAAUCAUCAGCAAAGUCUGCUCCGUCAAAGGUGUUCCGUAUCGAGAAGUUCUGCGUCUCGAUGCAAAAUUAAAGGAGCUUCACAACACUGUCCCGCCUCCGUUACAGUUCCGUCCGCUAAGUGAAUCAAUCGCAGACUCACCUAACAUGAUUAUGGAUCGCUAUAAUAUUAACCUGAUGUACCAAAAAGCACGUUGUGAUCUUCACAGACGGUAUCUGGCCCAACAUCGACUAGACCCGGCGUAUGCUUACUCCAGACGAGAGUGCCUAGAUGCCGCAAGAACAGUGCUACAACACCAGUUUGAUAUUUUCGAUGCAAGCUCUUCGGGAGGCCAGCUCGGCUAUACAUCCUUUUUCUUCUCACCUAUCGUCGCUGUACAUUUUCGUUCCGCCGCUAUGAUUGUUUCACUGGAGAUAUCAUGCAAGUCUCGCUAUGAUCUGAGACAGAGGCUGACACCCAGUGAGAGGCAGUCAAUAUUAGCAGAAAGACAGCAGCUUUCGGGGGAGAUUGAAAGGGCCUGUGCCAUUUGGAAACAACUAUGCCAUCAGUCGAAGGAAGCCAUGAAGACCGCCGAGGCUCUUCAAAUCAUGUUGAAGAUUACACACAACCACCUGCAACAUGGAGAAACACCUGAGCAGGAACAGGAUGCAAGGUCAAACCUAGACAGCCAAGUCCCAAGUGAGAUAUCCUUUCAGGAUGCUAAUCCAGCUUUCGUUACGCCUACGCCUCCUGUACCCUACACAAACGUGGAAAACGAAUACAGUCCUUUAGAUGUCGAUCUAAUGGACGCUACUUUUUACCUAGGCCAAGACGCUAUCAGUGACCCAACAAAAACCACGAAUUUCGCUGGCUCUACCGACGUCGUAGACUUUUAUGACCGAUACUGGGAUAAUCUAAUGCUUCUGGGCGACGAACAACCGUUUACUGGUAUGACAUUUGACGGCAGCAAUCAGGGAAGCAGUGAAACUGGUGUUUUGUAAACAAAAUAUGCAAAAUUUGUGACAUGUAGUACACCCACUGUGCGUAGGCGGCGCAUUAACCAAUCACAGACAGACUUGCUUGACAGACCCACUGUUCAUCUUCCUGCGGAUCAAUCAUUUAACGUCAUUUU